AUGGCUACUAUAAUUAAUAAUAUAAACGAAGAACUCGAUCACACCAGUGCAGACAACGGUAUCAUUUGUUCUCCUGAGGACUAUAACAAAAUAGAUGCAAAACAUUAUAUUUACGACCAUUCUGAUUUAAAUACCGACUUCCAUUGUGGGUACGUUGGGGGAGUCACAAAUAAUACAGCGUAUGACCCGGAUCUCAUGAAGAAAUAUAAAGCAGAGAAGAAUAGAGAAAAAAGUAGAAUAAGUCGGUACAAACGAGAUGCGUAUGACGAAACGGAAUUACGGGGUCCCUUCAAUGCGAACAAACUAUCUCGCUACGUAGAGUUAGUUCUUGUAGCGGAUAACCGCGAGUAUAGAGCCAACGGGGAGAGCAUCGCGACUGUACACAGGCAACUCAAAGAUGUGGCGAAUAUCAUCAACUCGGUAUAUGCACCAUUGAAUAUUUUCAUAUCCCUCGUCGGUGUGGUUGUAUGGAGUGAAAGAGACGAAAUACAAGUAGAGAGGAACAGCAGUAAAACACUCAGACAUUUCCUUGAUUACAGGCGGAAUAGACUUGUACAUGACAUUCCCAAUGACAAUGCACACUUGUUGACACGUCAAAAAUUUGAUAAUUACACCGUAGGGAAAGCUUACUAUAGAACAAUAUGUUCGUAUAAGUCCUCUGGGGGAGUGGCGUCAAACCAUUCAAAAGUCAUAGGGCUGGUGGCGACAACUAUAGCCCACGAAAUGGGUCACAAUUUCGGAAUGGGACACGACACAGGGGCAGACUGCCAAUGUCCAGAUAAAAAAUGUAUAAUGAGUUCUUGGCUUUCUUCAGUAGCUCACACACAUUGGUCCUCUUGUAGCUUACGAUCGUUGGCUUUGUCUUUUGAAAAGGGAAUGGAUUAUUGUUUAAGAAACAAACCGAAGCGUCUAUUCAACUCGCCUACAUGUGGCAACGGGUUCAUCGAGCCCGGCGAGCAGUGCGACUGCGGCCUCAACGGCAGCCCGGCGUGCUUGGCGUGUUGUCAUCCCAAGGCGUGCGUGUUGCGGGCUAACGCCACGUGUGCUGUGGGGGAGUGCUGCGAUCCUCAGACAUGUCGUCCAAAACCAGCGGGUACCGUCUGUCGGUCGGCCGAUAAGGAAUGCGAUUUGCCCGAAUAUUGUAGCGGUUAUUCCGAGUUUUGUCCAAAAGAUGUUUUCAAAAUGGACGCCACGCCGUGUGCUAAUAACGAGAUGUGCCUAAACCAAAAGUGUAUAUCAGUAGCGGCUCUACAGGAACAGAUCGCGAGACGCGACACGUCCGUCUGUCCCUCCAACUGCUCGGGACACGGUGUUUGUAAUUCUGAAGGUCAUUGUCACUGCGAGGCCGGCUUCGCGCCGCCGCUAUGCGCGCUGCCCGGCCCCGGGGGCUCCAUCGAUUCCGGUCCCGCCACGGACUCCAGUAUACAAAGGAAUUUCAUGGUGGCGAUGUAUGUCAUAUUCCUCGGCAUCCUACCGUCGAUACUUCUCAUCCUGUUCCUCAUGUACUAUUCGCGACACAACGUACUCGUGUGGUGGAAGAAACCAAGAAAAACGUACGUAUCCAAAUUGUUCAAAAGUGGUGCGGGGAAUAACACGUCAUCCACAAAAACACCAAAAAGCUAUUUUAAUUUCAUUCUACCCACAUUUUCUAGCUCUUCUUCCUUUAUUAGAAUACUAACAUUCAAACGUAAGGAUACAAAUGAACCUACGGCCAUAUGCAAAAAAUGCAUACGUGAGCCCAAUAAAAAUGAAAAUAUUUACGCGAAUGCAUGCGACCAUGAACCAGACUAUGAGAGUAUAAAAAGUAAUUCAGAUUUAAAAAGUAAAGCGUGGCAUCAAAAAAUAACAAAAUUUCUAAACAAAAAUGAAAGCAAACGCGUAGUUAAAAGAUUUCAUAGAAAAAUAAACAAAGAUGACAUCAAAGUUGCGGAUACAAAUGAAUUGGUCGAUGUUAAAAAUAUACGAAAUAAACUCGAGGAGUCUGAUGGCAGGAAGAAAUUGAACGUAGAAAUAAUUAAUAUAGGCUUAGCGUCCACUACUAACGAAAACAUUAAUCGUAGUGAUAUAAAAACUAUACGAAAUAACGUAGUUACAAAAAAUGAUAAAAAUAACGCCUUUAAUGUAAACUUUAAGACUGAUAAUAAUCGUUUUAAAAAAGAUAAUAUAUUAAAUGCAGGUUUAUCAUCUACGAGUAACGUCAAUAUUGCCAAAAACGAUGAAACUAAAGAAAAAGUGGAAAUUAAAUCUAAUGUCAAAUUUUUGACAAGUAAAUUCGGUCAGCCGGCUAUUGAUUUUUCUAAUUUACCAAAACGAAGUGAUUUGAGGAAAGUUAAAAAUAAAAAA